GGAUCCUCCUGGGGCAGGCCGCGCGCAGUGCACCUAAGCGGAACCGGGUCACCGCCAGUCAGGGCGCGCGCCUGGUGCGCGGGCUCCGCCCUAGAGCAGCGAGAGCUAGGUAGGGCUCUGUUGCAGAGUCACCAGGCAGCGCCAGGGACAGCUAUGGCGGGGUCUUGAAAGGCCGGCGGGGGCACCGCCUCCUCCCCCUCAACCAGUCGCCCGUAGGACUGACGGUUGGUGGCGCGUGCGGCGGAGGCUGCUAACAUGGGAACGCCACAAAAGGAUGUUGUUAUAAAACCUGAUGCACCAAGCACAUUGUUUUUGGAGAAACAUGCAGAUUACAUAGCUUCUUAUGGUGCAAAGAAAGACGAUUAUGAGUACUGUAUGUCGGAAUAUUUGAGGAUGAGCGGUGUCUACUGGGGACUGACAGUAAUGGAUCUCAUGGGACAGCUGCAACGAAUGACCAAAGAAGAAAUUCUAGCCUUCAUCAAAUCAUGUCAACAUGAGUGCGGUGGAAUAAGUGCCAGUAUAGGUCACGAUCCUCACCUUUUAUAUACCCUAAGUGCUGUCCAGAUUCUUACCUUAUAUGAUAGUCUCCAUGUUGUUGAUGUAAAUAAAAUUGUUGACUAUGUAAAGAGCCUGCAAAAAGAAGAUGGAUCGUUUGCUGGAGACAAAUGGGGAGAAAUAGAUACAAGGUUCUCUUUCUGUGCUGCAGCAACACUAGCUCUUUUGGGGAAGCUUGAUGUUGUUGAUGUGGAAAAAGCAGUCGAAUUUGUUUUGUCCUGUAUGAACUUUGAUGGAGGAUUUGGUUGCAGACCAGGUUCUGAAUCACAUGCAGGGCAGAUCUAUUGUUGCACAGGAUUUCUGGCUAUAACAGGCCAGUUGCACCAAAUAAAUGCUGACUUGCUGGGCUGGUGGCUUUGUGAACGUCAGUUACCCUCUGGAGGUCUCAAUGGAAGGCCAGAGAAGUUACCAGAUGUAUGUUAUUCAUGGUGGGUGUUAGCAUCCCUGAAGAUAAUUGGUAGACUACAUUGGAUUGACAGAGAGAAAUUGCGCUGCUUUAUCUUGGCUUGCCAGGAUGAGGAGACUGGAGGAUUUGCAGACAGACCAGGAGAUAUGUUAAGUGGUGUUGGAAAACAUUAAGAAUAUAUGCUCUGGAUAUUUAUAGCUUAGAACAGGGGUUCUCAAACUUCACCACAGCCCCCUACUGACAACAGAUUACUACAUGACCCCAGGAGGGGGAACUGAAGCCUGAGCCCGCCAAGACCUGCCACCCCAGCAGGGGGCCUGUAACCUGAGCCCGACCAAUGAGGGAUGAAGUUGAAGCCUGAGUCACCAUGGCUGAAGCCUUUGGGCUUUGGCCCCAGGCGGUGGGGCUUGGGCUUCAGGCCCCAGCAAGUCUAACACCAGUCCUGGCAAACCCUUUAAAAUGGGGUCUUGACCCACUUUGGGGUCCUGACCCACUGCUGGCUUAGAAUUUAGCAAAGACAAAUGUGUUAAUUUAAACAAAAAACAUUGGGUAAACUAAAGAUGAAAGUGAGCUACAUGAAAAUGGAAGGUGAAAAUAAUAUUUAAGAUUUCCCAUUAAAAAUUGUGGCAGUAUAUUUAAGGUCAAAUUACAAUCUGGUCAUCAGUAAAACACAGUGUUGUGGCAGUUAUUGUGAGAAUUGAAAUAUUUGCUGCUACUAAAGCUAAAUUUUCUGUUCAACUUGUAUUUACCUGAGAGACUGAAUACCUUUCCCAGACUUGAGGAAGAGCUCUGUAGUUAGAAACCGUGUGUCUCUCUCACCAGAAGUUUGUCCAAUGAAAGAUUUUACCUCAUGUACUUUGUCUCUCUAAUACCCACAAUCGUGAGUUUAGUUAGUUUCUCCCUCCCUUAUUUACUAUAAAUAUAUUCACAAUAGUUACUUGUUCAGGCUUGGCUUGUCGUAACUUGGGCCUGCCCAUGUCUGCUAAGUUAGCCCAACACUUGUAGCAGGAAGCUUUUUUUAAUGUCUCUAAGGAGAAUUAGAAAGUAACAUUAACUUUGGGGCCAUACAGGGGCCUGCCCAGUCUCCUGUGUAAAUUUAGAGCAGCCUCAGAGCUCCUUUAGCUUACAUUUGGCUUUUAAUGGCCUAUCUAUGGGCCUUAGGAAGCAGAGAAUAGCCAGUGCUAUGCAUUCUGGCCAUGCCCAUGAUCUGCCUGCUAUGCCAACUCUUUGAGGAAGGGACAGUCUUUUAAUUGUGUUUUGUUCAGUGCUUAGUAUGUUAGGGCCCUGGUACGAGGCUGAGGCUCUUAGGCGAUAUCAGAAUACUAAGAUGUGGGAGGCUGGUAGCUGGGUCAGUGUAGAGCCCUUAAGCCAGCUGUAAACUGGCCAGUGAGGCCUUCUGUACAGAUGGUAUAUUCAGGGGGCUGUUUCCACCUAGUUUAUUGCUUAUUUACACAGCAGAGCAAUGUAAGGAACUUUAGUAAGCUGUGAACUAAGUCCUAAGGGUUUCUUUAGUGCAGUUAGCUCAGGCUCUUACUUGGGUAUUGUCCACACACACAAUCCUGUCAUCUGAGCUAAGUGGUGCUCUCAGUUUGGUGCUAGCCAGCACAGUUGUGGGGUAUGGGUUAUAGCCCUGGUUUCUAUUUUCACUAGUGCUGGCAAUGCCCACUUUGCAAUGAAGAUGCAGGCUAAAUCACUGAAGGCAUACCCUCAGCCUAAGGGUUUAAGUAAGUAGCCUUCUAUGUUGUCUGUGUAGGGAUAUGCAAACUGCAUAGCAGUCUUCUGGAAAAUCUGUUUCUAAUCUCAUGAAGGAAUCGCUAAAUCUCGGAGAAUUACCUCCUACCUAUAUUUUAUUUUUCUUCUAUGCCCCAUUUUUCUUUUCCUGUUUUCCCUCCAGUUGUGUAUGCAGGUCCCUCUGGCUCCCUCUAAGACAGAGACACUCAAACUCUUUUUUACUGGUGACCCCUUUCACAUAGCAAGCCUCUGAGUGCACCUCCCCCUCCCCCCCCCCCAUAUAAAUUAAAAUCACUUUUGAUGUAUUUAACACCAUUAUAAAUGCUGAAGGCAAAGCAGGGUUUGAGGUGGAGGUUGACCACUCGUGACACCCCCCCAUGUAAUAAUCUCAUGACCCCCUGAAGGGUCCCAACCCCCAGUUUGAGAACCCCUACUAUAAGACCUGUCAGCACAACUCUAUGUUCAGAGAGACUGCCAAACACCAAUAAAAUGUUCAGUGAAAAAUGUGGAGUUUAUGGCAGAUCGGGUUUUAGAUCACCAGGUUAGCCUAUAACUUUUACAUUAUAUAUAGUAGAAUCAUGAGGUGCUGGAUUUACCAUGUUGUAACAAUACAAUAGAGGAAUUGGUGGAAAGAGCUGUCAGACUUUUUCCAUUAUCUUUAUGCAUACUGUUGAGUUCAGGUUUAAAAAAUUUUCUGGUGGCAACAAACAUCAUCAAUUCAAACAUCUCAAAGUUGUAUCCUAAAUGUAUACAGUUUGAAGCUGGCUAUUGAUUUCUUUUAAUGUGUGUGAAUAUUUCUGUUAUUUUUAAAGUAAUUGCAUACUAAAAACCAGGAAGUUGUGCAUUUGCAUUGUUCUCUGAAAUUAAAUCUUCAACCACCA